UGAUGGAAACAGAUAAGUAAAAGCCCAACUCUUAAAGGACGAACAAGAAGACAGGAUUUGAAGCCGAAAGAGCUAUUUUCCCUUCACUGUUCAGUUUUUGGUGGACAGUAUUAUAGAGAGAGAGAGAGAGAGAGAGAGAGAGAGAGAGAGAGAGAGAGAGAGAGAGAAUAUUCUUUGGAACACUGUUAUUAACGAGAGCAGCGUAAAAUAGCAAUUUGUUUGAUCCUGAAUUUGGUCGUGUGUGUGUGAAAAGAAUGACGGCUGAAGUGCAGCAGCCCUCCGUGCAGACCCCUGCCCACAGCAGCCCCAUGUCGGAGAAACCCCACGGACAGACGCCUGUGAUGGAGACCUCUUCCUCAUCCACCACCAAAACCAAGAAGACGAACGCUGGAAUCCGUCGUCCUGAAAAACCUCCGUAUUCUUACAUCGCUCUCAUCGUCAUGGCUAUCCAGAGCUCUCCAACCAAACGACUCACUCUGAGCGAAAUCUACCAGUUCCUUCAGAGUCGCUUCCCGUUUUUCCGAGGGUCGUAUCAAGGCUGGAAAAACUCGGUGCGUCACAAUCUGUCUCUGAACGAGUGCUUUAUUAAGCUGCCCAAGGGUUUGGGCAGACCCGGGAAGGGGCAUUACUGGACCAUCGACCCGGCCAGUGAGUUCAUGUUUGAGGAAGGAUCUUUCCGCAGGAGGCCGCGGGGAUUCAGGCGCAAAUGUCAGGCGCUAAAACCCUCGAUGUACAGCAUGAUGAACGGGCUAGGAUUCAAUCACAUACCCGAGUCCUAUAACUUUCAGGGGGCCGGCGGGGGCCUGUCUUGUCCUAACAGUUUAUCUUUGGAGAGCGGGAUUGGAAUGAUGAAUGGACAUUUGGCCAGCAAUAUGGAAGGAAUGGGCUUGGCAGGACACUCCAUGUCACAUCUAUCAGCGAACAGUGGACAUUCCUAUAUGGGGAGUUGCACAGGAUCCUUGGGGAGCGAGUACCCCCACCACGACAACUCCGCAUCUCCGCUUCUCACCAGCGGAGGAGUUAUGGAGCCCCAUCCCGUGUACUCCAGCACGGCUUCGGCCUGGCCUCCAGCGCCUUCCGCCUCUCUCAACAACGGGGCGUCUUUCAUCAAACAGCAGCCGCUUUCUCCGUGCAACCCCGGUGCCAACCCAGUGCAGCCUAGUUUAUCCACACACUCUUUGGAACACUCCUACAUGCACCAGAACGGUCAUGGCACCACCGACCUUCAAGGUAUUCCUCGCUAUCAUUCCCAGUCUCCCAGCAUGUGUGACAGGAAAGAGUUUGUCUUCUCUUUUAACGCCAUGACCUCUUCAUCGAUGCAUUCACCAGGGAGCAACUCAUACUACCACCAUCAGCAGGUCUCCUAUCAGGAUAUCAAACCCUGUGUUAUGUGACAGCAUUUUAACAUUGCUUACUCUAUGCUGCUCGAACGACAGACAUCUAAAAACAUACAUGGAGGCGGAAUGCCCAAAUGAAGAGUGGAGUGGUGAAAUAGAGUGGUCUAAAAGAGAACUCAUUUGGAAAGGGACAUGGAAUUAUGCAUUGCGUAAAUUACUAAACAGAAUUUGACAAUGGAACGAAAGUGUUAGAAAAUGACAAACUAAAUACAGGAGCACUCCAGAAAGGCCGUUUAGGUACUUCCAGAGAAGUCAAAAUGGAAUAACUACAGCUUCAAAUCUCUGCCAAUCUAAUACGGCCGAUUCUAACUCUGCUGGCGGAUGACUACCACUCCCAAAGAUGCAAAGAUGAGUGAAAACACUCCAGUGUUAACAUAUUGUUCUUUAGGAUAAUUUUUAUAUAGUUUGUAUGAACCUUUGUCCACAAAAAAAAAAAAAAAAAAAAACAACAAAAAAAAAAAAAUCAUUUCGGUUUAAGUCGGUAAAUACUUAAUAAGAACGGGAAAUGAAGGCACUUUUAAACCACAAAGCGCAACUUAUUUAUUCUGUUCAAAUGUUUUAUUUUAGGGUACAGUUAUAGCCACAGUAUUGACUGCUUUAUUGGCAAUAUUUGCCCAAUGUAACAGAGGUAAAAUAUAAGCACUGUUUGUUAUUUUGAUUGUGUUUAUUUCGUUGUACAUACCCAUAUUGACCCCUUUUAUUCCUCAAGCACUGUAUAAACUGUACAUGGUGUAGGAAAUAUAUUUUAGUAGGGGUCCAAUGGCAUUCAAUUUUAAUUAUGUAACUCUUAAGUUCAAAGAAAAAAAAAACAUGGAGUUUGUAAUAACUGUUCAAAACAUGACUUUUCAAAACAAGACAUUGUUUUUGCUUGAUCACUAGCUAUCUGAAGACAUCUUUCCUUUCCAAUUUCUGCGUCAUUCAUUCAGUAACUAGGUUUAAAAUUUGAAUUUGUCUUUAAAUACGAAUAAACGGAAUUUAGAUUAAGAAAUAGGCCUACAAAAGAAUGCGAAAAUAAUUAUUAUAGUGUAUAAUAUUAAAAUAUCAGAAGAAAACAACAAAAAUGUAUUAUUAUUAUUAGGGUACAAAGGGGCUUGUGCUCUUUUCUGGUCACAAGAUUGAAAAAAUAAAUGUAUUUUUAUUGAAUAUUGACGGACCAACAUAAUUUGUGUGAAAAUAAAUAAUAACGGAAAGUUGUUUUGAUUGUUAUUAUUAUUAUUAUUAUUAUUAUUAUUAUUAUCGAAAGGUGGCGAGGGAGACUUUUACCUCCACACCUGGUAAAAGGCCCACAGUGGGGAUAAAGUGAUAUCGUGUUUAUGUAGGGUCAAUAGUUGUAGGGCAAAAUAUGUCAGCUUAGGCAAAUACUUAAGACAGCAAGAUUAUUUUUGAGUAACAAAUUAAGAUAAUACUUAUUCAAAAUAACCACUUCAGAAAAUGUUCAUUUCAAUUACAUUUGACAUUUCAUAAAUCUUAAGAAAUUAAUCUCCACUGUGAUUGGAUCAGUCAAUGUGAGCCCACUUAGAAAAUUCUUUAUAUCAAAUGUUUUCGCCCCAUUUAAUAAAAACAAUGUGUUUUAGAGGGGCCUUUAGCCCCUGCAACAGGGAGGCUUUUUACCCCAAAUACUAUCCUUUCACUUAUUGGAAAAUUAUUACAUUUGUUUUGAUUUAAUCACUGUGAACAAAACUGAAGUUUGUCUAAAAAUUAAUGUGACAAUUUCAGGGAUUCUCGUUAGC